AUGGACAUACUACACAUGCAUGGACGGGCGGACCCGCGGGUGGCUCGCCCUCGAAACAAAGGAGCCGGGGCGGCGAUGCGGUGCAGCCUUGUCGUCCUUGUAUUACGAUUCGGGGAGCAAGCACGGCCAGGCGGGCGCGGAUACACGCUUCUCGCAUCGCGGCGACAGGAUAUCGGGAUCGGGCCCCUUCGAGUUGGAGUUGGAGUUGGCCGCUCGCCAGGGCUCCGUGGACGUCGCGACCGAGCGAGCGCGCCAAUCACGGAAAUAUGUAGCGAGAGAAUGCGUCCGAUGCGCGUGCUGGAUGCACUUGGCUGGCCGAGGGGAGCCCGAGACCGUCUCGUGGCGCGUCGUGGCGUGUCGUGUCGUACUGGCCGAGCUCAGCUGAGCUGUGCGGUAUCUGUCGAGGCCAAGCAGGGCGCGCGAGAGGAGCAGACCGUGACGGAUUUACGCGGGUCGGCAGCAAUAGUGGAUAAUGGCGCGAGGUACAUACCAAGGCGGGGUCGGGCCAUCACCACAUCACAGGGCGUCGGCAAGAUCGGGAGACAGCCCGCGCGAGGUGUUUCGACAGGAGGUUUUGAGCCAGGAACGUCGGAGGGCGUGGAGCAAUCUGGGGCAAUGUCGUUGGGCAGCUGGCCAUAUCGUGACAAUCCGCUCGGGAAAGCAAGGCUUGCUCCUGCCUGGGGACAGAGAGUGUGCGACGAGAGGGGCCCACGCGCACCGCGAAUGGCCGUCUCCGGCUCCAGACUGCCAACGAGGGACUUGGCUGGGCUGCUAUGGGUGGAGACCCGCGCCGUGUUGCAGCUGCAAGCCCAUGUCGAGCGGGGACGCAGCUGGCUCGGGCAGAUCGGCGAUAGUCGCUCAGAGAUCUUACCUCGACAUCUCCAUUGCGCACGCCGUCCGGCUCGAUGCCUUCGCCUCCCGCAGGCGCACAGCCGCGACGUGUCCGGCAACGCUUCGCCCGAGCGACGCAACGAGCACCAGCAAGUACCUGCUAAGCUCGAUCCUGCGAUUGAUGGAAUGUGCUCCGCCAUGUCAGUUGCUGUCGACUGUAGCCAAUCGACCAGUCUCAGUCCGGUGCGCCCCGGACUUGAGCUUGAUCAUCUGGAGUGCGCUGUUCGGCGAAUCUGGGCAAAGCCACGGUGGAUUGAGCUGGCAGCAACAGAUCGUUGCUGA